AUGGAGGCCCGCUACAACCUCAAGAGUCCGGCUGUCAAGCGUUUGAUGAAGGAGGCUGCAGAACUGAAGGAUCCUACAGAUCAUUAUCAUGCACAGCCUUUGGAGGAUAAUCUUUUUGAAUGGCACUUUACUGUUAGAGGCCCUCCAGAUUCAGAUUUCGAUGGAGGGAUUUAUCACGGGCGAAUCGUGCUACCACCUGAGUAUCCCAUGAAACCCCCCAGCAUUAUUUUGCUGACGGCCAAUGGCAGGUUUGAAGUGGGGAAGAAAAUUUGUUUAAGCAUCUCAGGGCAUCAUCCUGAAACGUGGCAGCCUUCAUGGAGUAUAAGAACAGCUUUACUGGCCAUUAUUGGAUUUAUGCCAACCAAAGGUGAAGGAGCAAUAGGAUCUCUAGAUUAUACACCUGAAGAAAGAAGAGCUCUUGCAAAGAAGUCACAAGACUUCUGUUGUGAAAUCUGUGGCACAUCUAUGAAGACAGCCCUCUUACCACUGACAUCCGGAAGCGUGUCAAGCCAAGCAGAUAAGGAGGCUAAAGAACUUGCCAGACAAAUUAGCUUCAAGGCAGAAGUCAAUUCAUCCAGGAAGUCUGACGUUGGACCCUCAAACGUGUCAGGAUUGAACCACUCUGGGACUUCCCGUGAGCCCCAGCGGGAUGGUGCAGCUAGAAAACUGCAGGAUCCAACAAGCACAACGCCUGAGACUCAGACUAGCAGUGCAGCAGCUGGUCAAGAGCGUGCUACGCCCGUGUCCACUAACACAUCCAUGAGUCCUCGGCAGCGCCGUGCCCAGCAGCAGAGUCAGAGACGGGCUCCUUCCUCAGCUGACUUCAAUCGGGUACAGCAGCCAAGAGUCAACAUGAAUCACACUGGAUCAACUGUUCUGAUUGUCCUUUUGACUUUUGCAUUGGCAGCUCUUAUAUUUCGUAGAAUAUAUUUGGCUAAUGAGUAUAUUUUUGAGUUAUAAGGUUGUCUGUCAGUCAUAACAAGCGGUGACUGGAGUGCUUCACUGAGCGUUCUGUAUUGGGUAUGACGUGAGAACUGUUUACAAAGAUUACUUUUUGUAUUUAUGCUUAAAUCCUUAUGAAUGUUCAUGUACCUACAUGUAGAAUACUUGUGAGAAAAGCAAAGCUGGUCAUGUAGCUAUGACAAGGGUUAAUUGAGUAUUCACUGGAUGCUUGGAAAAACAGUCCAGUGGAAUAGCACCAAUAAGGCAUGUGGAGGGGAGUCAAUUUGAGUAAUUGAUCAACUAGGAAAAAGACAGUUUUUAAAGUGUCCAACUCACUUUUUUUAAUGGAAUGUAAAUGCAGUUAAUCACCCCCUCUAAGUUAGUGUAAGGUUUGGCGCUGGAGAAGGAACUAUAAACUGAAACACUACUGUGUGUUUGUGUCCAGUGAACUCUAAUUUAGAGGGGAUAGAGUUUUGUAACCACUUCUUAUUUACCAUGAUGCAUUUUUAGAGGGGGAACACACACAAAGGGGUUGUGACACUGCUUUGGGUAUGU